ACAAUGUCUUGUCAUUACCUUACUUAUAUUUUUUUUCUCUCAUUUUUGAUAUUUGCUCCACUCCCUCCCCCCUCAUGUCUUACCAUUUAUAUCAUCCUUCUUACAUUCAUACUAUCCUUUCGUUCUUUUCUAUCCUCUCUUCCUCCCCAACCCCUACCAAUAUUUAUCAACAUUCUUUUAAUCAUACUAUCCUUUCAAUCUUCUCACAUUCCGUUUGUCAUAUAUUCUUCCUGUUUGCUAAAUCUUAUUCGAAUUCGUCUUCGCUACGGGGAACUCAUGUUGGGUAAAGUCCAAAAACGGGAGAGAUCUCAAAGUGGAUACGUGGAACAUACGAAAUCUGUACAGAUCUGGGGCAAGAAACUAUAUGGACCGGGGAAGGUUCGCUUAACACGGGGGUGUAUACGCUUCACUAUGGAGGAUCGGAGCCCAUAAUUUUAUUUUAUUUAUGAUGGGUUUAUGAUUGGUAAGAAAAUCCUAUCUCUCCGCGAUAAGAAAAAUUGAAUUUAUAAACGAAAUAUUAGGACUACUCGUUUAGUUGUGCAGGGUUGGUGGUAAAAAAUCGCGAUAAUACGCGCCGACGGAAGACAAAGAAGAUGAAAUUUAAGACGGGUUCUAGGAGGAACUCGAACACCUCGUGGAUCAAUUGCCGGAAGACUACAUGAAAGUAAUCUAGAGGGAUUUUAAUGCGAAAAUCGGUAAAGAGGAUAUUUUCAGACCAACGAUCGGGCUCAAAAGUUUACACAAGGAAAGUAAUGAUAACGGAGUAAGGUAAUCAACUUCCCGGACCAGUUUCUAAAUAUUAGGCAAGCGGUGCAUAAUAUGUUUAAAAAUAAGAAGCGGCAAUACCUAAAACAGAAAGUAGAAGAGAUAGACGAAAAUUGCCAAAGCAGUAACGUCCGUGGUAUGUACUUGGGGAUAAAUAACUUUAGGAAACGAUUCCAAGCAAGGACGGAAAUAGUUAAAGAUAGGAACGAUAAUCUGAUUACAGAUAUCAGGCUUAAAGAAAUGUUUUUAAUCUUGGUCUAAAUUUUGUACAUUCGCUACCUGAGUGACGCCAUAAGAAUCGUCGCCCAACUUAGUUAGUCUCCCUCUAAUGUAUGUAGAUGGCGCGACGAUCGUCAAACGCUACCUAUCGCUAUAUAAAACAACCAAUUUACGACUAUUGGGAACGCGUUCCAAAGACUUUAGCCUUAAACAAGAGUCAGUUGAGUGUGAGUCACGUAAGAAAGAAGAUGUCGUAAGGGGAGUUGAAAUAAAGUUUAAUAUCACUAAAUAUCUUGCAGUGGCGCCUUUUUUCCCUUGAAAUGUUCUAUUAUAAGUGUUAUUAACCAUACAGAUAUAAAGUAAACUUUAUUUCAUGAUAUAACUACUACGAGCUACUGUAGUAGAACGUUAUGAAAGUUUAAAUGCAUUGAUGAAAAUUUUCGAAUACACUUCUUAUAACUUGUUUAAGGUUCGUGUGUAUGUGUUGUGUGCUUUUAAAGUGAUAAUCUAUUUAAUUUAAAAAAAUGGUUACUGGACCUGCUGAACAUGGCAUACAAGCUGAUGUUAUAUUUGUUAUUGAAGAAACAGCUGUAAAUGGUGCAUAUUUGAAUGAUCUCAAAACCAAUUAUUUAAUACCUACAUUAGAGUAUUUUAGUCAAGGUGGUAUAGAAGACAGAGAAUAUGUUGCAGAGAAUAGUACUACACUGUAUGGAAUAGUAUUAUAUCAUGCUGCUGAUUGUUUGCCAGCAUCUUGCACAGAAACUCUUGGCCCUUACGUAAAUCCUCAUAAAUUACUACUUAUCUUAGAUAAACUUGAAAUGGUUGGUGGAAAAGGAGAAUCACACGCAAAUAUUGGAGAAGGCCUUGCCACUGCAUUGCAAUGCUUUGAAGAUUUAUUGCUAAGACGAGAACCGAGUAGUGCAACACAGAAACAUUGUAUUUUGAUUUGUAAUUCACCACCGUAUCAAACAGUUAUUCAAGAAUCUUAUAAAUUUGCCGGUCAUACUGUCGAACAAGUAGCUACUCUUUUCCAAGAGAGAAACAUCAAUUUAUCGGUAUUGUCUCCACGAAAGAUACCAGCAUUGUUUAAACUAUUUGAAAAGGCAGGAGGUGAUCUGCAGUCGUCUCAAACAAAGAAUUAUGCUAAAGAUCCACGACAUUUAGUACUUUUACGUAAUUAUAAUUUAAAAGAGAGACCUGUCAGUCCAUCAAUUGGAGGAACAGUUCAUACAGCAGUACCAAAUACAGCGCAGAUUCCUCUUAGCCCAUUACAAAGCAACGAUAGCCCAAAUCCAAAUCAAGUCCAGCAAAGUAUUGCUCCAACACCACAAUCACAGACUCCUACAUUCAGAAAUCAAACACCUCAAAAUAUUGCUUCGGUUCAUCAAUCAGUAGCACAAACUAUGGCUGCACCUAUAAGUGCACGAUCACCCUAUAAUCCUCAAAUAUCUGCUCCGCCAAAUUAUCACCCAGGGGCUGUCGGUGCAAGAGCUACACAUUCUAGAUGGAUGAGACCAUUCAUAGCACCAAGUGCUAAUGCUCCCACUAAUGCACAGAGUAGUGCCUUAAUUGCUCAAUUAACACAACCACCUUCAUCGUUAGGACUUAACGUAUCUCCAUAUGGUCAAAGAAUGGAUGUGGUUAACAGUAAUAUCAUGGCAGCGAAUGCUCAACAACAACAACAACAACAGAUAAAUCAGCAACAGCAGCAUCAAUUGCGAUUGACUAUGCAACUACAACAACAACAGCAACAACAAGCAUCCUUGUCUAUUUCAAAUCAGCCAGCACACAGUCAACCAACGCCACAACUCACAGCAUCGUGUGUAAGUCCAUCUGUGCCUACUCAAGUUCCACCAACUGUAACUGCAUCUCAAGCCCCAGUUCCAGUAUGUUCUGUAACUCCACUAGCUACUCAUCCUCAAGCACAGAUUAAUGGAGGGAGUGGAAAUGUUUCAAAUCAACAGAUUACAACAGCAAGAGAACGACAUACUAUUUGGCAAGGUGUUGUGGAAUGGAUUGAAAAGACUAAAAAUCCUGCUGAUGCACAGAAGCAAACAAGACACGUUCCUUGUCAAGUUUCUGCCAAUUCAAAAGAUGGAGAUCCGGAAUUAAAAGCAGAUACAUGGCCACAAAAGUUAAUAAUGCAAUUGAUGCCAAAACAAUUAAUAGGAAAUAUUGGUGGAUCUUAUUUAAAAAAUUCCAAAUCUGUUCUUUUUCAUCCAACACCAUGCGAAGCUUUAGAAUCAUUAACAAAUAUGAUGACUUCUGGAUUUGCAGGCUGUGUACAUUUUACAUCUGUACCACCUAGUUCAGCAUGUGAAAUAAAAGUGCUUAUACUUCUUUAUACAGCAGAAAAACGAACAUAUUUGGGCUUUAUUCCUAAUGAUCAAACAGCUUUUGUUGAUCGUCUUCGUAAAGUGAUUCAACAACAAAAAACUUCGCAAGGUCCAAUGAGACAAGGUCAAGCUGGUACAGCCCCUGGAAAUGCCUUACCUGGUACCAUACCUAACACGGGAAUAUCGCAAGGUGGGAUUUUAUUGUCUCAAACGAAUACUCUGACAAUGGGUGGAGGACAGAUUACACAAAAUGUUGUUUCUGCGAAUACUCCUCAACAGACUUUGCAAACUCCUUCAGCUCAACAAAAUCAAUUAACUUUACAGAGUGGAGGAAUUACUGCAUCACAAGUCAGUGGUAAUACAGGAGGUAUUAUCGGUCAACAAAGACCACCAUUUGAUGAUCUUGAAAUAGCCAGGCAUCAGAAUUUAUUAAAGAUCCAACAAUUACGUCAAACGCUAGAGGCUGCUCAGCAACAAGAGGCUCAAUAUAAAUCACAACUGGAAGUUAAUAUACAGCAAAAUUUAGAAGUAGCACAACAACAGGAAAUGCAAUAUAAACAACAGCUUGAGGCCCAACAAGCACAACGUGGUAUUGCUCCUUCCGCUAUGGCAAAUCAAGCAUCUAAUGCUCAAAGAAUGAUGCGUCCUGUGUCAACUAACAGUCUUGGUUUACGGCAUUUACUACAACAACAACAACAACCUCAGUACAGACAACAAAUUCUUGGAAUACAACAACAAAUGGUUAGUCCGAGAGGACAAAUGACAACACGUCCUAUGGCACCUAAUAAUACACAAAAUCAACAAUUCGAUGAUAAUUAUGAUUUUCUUAAUUAAAUAAUAGUAUAGGUAAUUAUAUUUUUUAAUUUUAUUUUGUAUAAAAAUUAAUAUAAUAUUAUAUUUACAGUUGAUCACGAAAAUAUUCGGACACCAGUAUAGAUUUAAUAUUUAUAUUCUGUAUUUUAAUUAAAUGUAUAAAUGACUAAAAAAAACAAUCCGUGCUUUGUGUUUCGUGCUUUUCAUUGUCCUGAUAAAACUUAAAUUGUUGUUAGAUUCCCAUUUUUGCUGAUUCCCCUAUUGUGAACACUUAAAAUUUACAAUGGUUCGACGAAUAAAAUUGAUUCUGUCUUUAUUUUUAUAUAUAUGUAUAUAUUUUUUUAGGACGACUUCUAUAGUUCUUUUACUAUUUUUUAAAAAACUUAAAAUUUCACAAGAGUUUCCCUUUUUUCGAUGGAAAAUGAGUAACGUAAGUGCUGCAUAUUGAAAAAUGUGUUCUUACUUUUACGACUUAUUUCUCAAUAAAUUUGAAACGCAAUUAAAGAAUACUGGAACAUUGAUUCUUCCUUUAUAUUAAAAGCAUUAUGCUUAAAAACAUUGUCCUAAUAGAUUUUUGAGAUUUAAAUCACUGUUAUGUUGACUAACAGUAUUUUAAAAUAUCCGAAU